GCGAAAGUGGAGAGCGGAGGAGAAAAGAUGGAGAGAGAUGCGUGUCGCGAGAAGAGCCCCUGUCUACGCCUAUGCCACCCGCCUCCUCGUUCCAUCUCAUCUGCCACCCCUUCUCUCUUUGCGCCCUUCGUCUCAGAUCUCAGUCCAUCUCUGCUGCGAACUACCAGUGCCGAGUGCUGCCAAGUGCUGCAUCGGAAAAGACAACAGAAUCAGCUCCCGCCAUCAUGACGAAGGUGCCUCUGUUGACUUUCGCCCUCGCCAUCUCGGCCGUGUCUUCGGUGAGGGCUGAGGACCUCACACUCCUCUGUGUGUGUCUUUAACUGAUGCGUGGCUGUUCUCUGUCAGGCCCCGCCCGCCCUUCGCGGGCUGCAACUUGGAGGGAUGGCCGAUCGACAAGCUGCCAGCGACGGAGAUGGGGAGAAACGCCGACUGCAAUUUGGCAGCCCAAGGGAUGACAUGAAUCGGGCCGUGAAUCGGGCCGCUAAUGAUAUGAAGCGAGCGGCUGAGGACAUGGUGAAUCGAGCGGCUGAGGAAGACGUCGGAUGGCCAGAUGACGAGUCCCUGGAUGAGAUCAUCGACGGCCCAGGUGCCAGUGGCGACGACUGGGAGAAACGCAGACUGCAAUUUGGAUUUGCGAAUCGAGUGAAGCGAGCGGCUGAGCGAGCGGCUGAGGAAGACAACGGAUGGCCAGAUGAUGAGUCCCUGGAUGAGAUCAUCGAUAGGCCCGAUGAUGACUAUACUCCUUCCUGCGCGGACCUGGAGGAAGUUGGUCUUGCCCCCGAAUUCUGUUGAUGAUCUGCUCGAUGGGGGUGGGCGAGACGACGACUGGCCAGACCCUGAUGUGCCUUUCAACUGCAAUUCGGAUGGGCCAGACGGGCCAUGGUGGCAAAAUACGCCAUGAUGGCAGAAUACGAGAUGAUUUGGGUGGUCGCAGAGGGGGAUCGGUUUGUGUAUGCUCUUAUUAGCGAUUUACUCGUGCCGACGAGUCAGUCGGCGGGGCCUUAGUUCUUUGUGAAGCGCGUGUCGUUGUUUGAUGUGUCUGUCUGUUCGUGUGCGUGUGGCAAUCGUAAGGAAGCAAACAGCUGGCCUUUUCUCGUGUGAGCGUUUGUACUGCCGUCUUCGUCAGUUUAUGAAAAAAAACCGCAGAAUGCAUGAUUGACAUGUUCUCGUGUGUUGGUACUGCUAUCCUCGUCAGUCAGAACAGGCCUCAGGAUAGGCAGUCAGGAUGUGCGUGUGCGUGUCUGCGUGUGUUGUGUGCCAGAGAGAGUGAGAGGGGCGUGGGAGCCCUCCAAGUCCAUUGGCUAUGUGUGAGUUGGG